CCCAAACCUAGUGAAAUAUCAGUCAUAGCUGUGAACUAACAACAAAGGUUUAGUAUUUCUAAAUAUAUUUGGCCAAUAUUUUGCUGUGUUUUUGAAAGCCACGCCUCUAACGGCAGCCGAUUGGUAGUCGGAGGAAAAACACGUUUCGCCCUUCAGCGCAGCAGUGUAGGGACGCAAAUCGCUUGUGAGGCUUUGGCGGGGUGAAGCUAGGUAACCGUGAGAGUCGGAAAUAUAGCAUUCGUGAUAGCAGUGAAACACAGUUGCUUUAUCUGCGCGCAGUGAGAAGCACACAGUUCAAACUUCGAACAGACUUCGUAUCGUUCGGACGUGUUCUAAGCCGAGAAGUAGUCGCGUGCCAUCGCGAGUUUAGAACUUAGUGUUCUGUGUUCGAAACUAGUAUUUUUUUUUGUGAUUAAGUUCGCCGAUAUGGCAGUGCCGUUCAACAUCCCUGAAGAUCAAAGCGAGGUGGAAGUUCUUCUCAUCCAGCUUCAGACGAUUCUAAAUAAGCUUCAGGCGACUGUGCGCCAAAAUCAUCAGUUAGCACAACAACCAACAGCAUCUAUUCCUAGCGGUAGUCGAGUACGCUAUUCGCCAGACGAUAGAGUUAGGAGUCGCGAAGUCUUGCAGUCUGUUGAACGCAUUACUCCUGUACCUCAAAAUGUACUCCCUGAUCUUCUGUCCAAUUUGUCCUGGCUGGCCGACUCUUCUAAUGAAGCUUCAAGCUCUUCGUCACCUUUAACUGCCAUGUCCGCACGAUCUCGGCGAAGAAGAACCGCUUCUGAAUCUUCUAAUCCCGAUGAAACUAAGAUCUCCGUCACUGCCAUUGUUACAACCGACUUUUGUGCUCAAGAUUGGAACGAGAAAAACUGCGUGGACAGUGGGACUUCAAAUGUAAUACCAGCAGAUGGAUUGUUUUCCAAAUUAAUACCUGGACCUGUCUCGUCCUGCUCGCUGAUGACAGCAAUGAUUUGUUUCGUGGGCUGGCAUAUAUUUCGAGCUCGGUAAGCCUCAAUGAAACAUUUGAGGCUCCGUGCACAAUUUCACCCAAAGUUAAAGUGAUUGAAAAGGUAGUUAAGAAUUUUUGCAUCAAUAUAUAUUAUGUUUUUGCUUUUAUGUUGUUUUCCAUAUUAUUCUUUCGGUAUGUUCUAAUUUCCAUUUAUAUAGUAUUCUCUACAUAAAUAUACUGAGUGUUAGGUUAACGUUAGGAACUUAUAUUAAAUAAAUAUUUUCCAAGCAAAUAAGAAAAUCUUGUGAUUAGGUGUGGUAUAGGCUAGCCGCACCCGUUGUUAUAUAAUGUGUAAAAUUCAGAUUUUAUAUUUCUUGGAAUAUGUUUCAGGAUUAAUUAUGAUGUUAUACGCAGGUCAUUUGUCAAUUUAGGGCAGUCUGUAAAAGUAAAUAAUCGCAUUCAUAUUUCGCCGCAGUUCCAAAAAAACAUCGAUUGUCAAUUAACUUUCAAAAAACGUCAAAAAUAGUGUUUCCAUGAUUACAGAUUGCCUUAACGGAAAUACUGUGUUGGUGUUCCAAAGAAAGAAAAAUAAAUCAAAGUUUCUGAUCUCAUUCAGUUAGGCCUCAGCCAAAGACGGCAGGUCUGCACUCAGGAAUUUUUAUAUUUGUACUUAGGUGAAAUUUUCAGUUGUGCUUUUCGCUCAGCUUCAUAAAACGAGAAUUUGUUGAUUUAACUCCUAUGGAGCCAUUGUAAAAAUAUUCGGAUUAGUCUAACCUGUCUACAAAAAUGGAAAUUGUACCUUUCGAAACUUAAGUGAUAAAAAAGCCCGCGAACUAAACCCGUAAAUGUUGUAAACAAUCCGAAUUAUUUUCAGUAUGUAAAUACAUUGUAUGAUUCUCAUUCUGUCGACGUAAUGUAAUUAUUUGUAUAUAAAGUGGAAAAAUUGUCAAAAGUUAGAUUCAUCAGAGCCAAAGAAAGCCUUUGCAGUGCCAAAAGGGCCAAUUUCACUUAAUCUUGUCUUGCUGGGUAAAAUAAUGUUCUUGAACAUGAUUUAAAGAACAGGUAUUUUAUCCAAUAGUAUUUUGGAAUACAAUAACUAGUUAUUACUGGAAUAACCGCUUUUUCUGCCAAUGAGUCUGACUGUCGAUUUGUGUAUAAAAUGGAGCAGCAAAGGUACAUUUUACUUUGCUGUCCUUAAAAGGUUUUCAAAUGAUCUCCGUAGUUAGAAUAGAGGUGCGGCCAGGGAGCUGGAAAUUAACAGCUCGCACCUACAGGGCAAUUUAAAAACUUCAGUCACUAUUCAUAUAAAUUCUAUGCUCAGUCAGUCAGUUUUACUGUAUUUUCAUCACAAUGUCAUAAAUAAUAUUAACCUGCUAACGAAUGUCUCAAUUUUCGCACAUUUUUAAAUUGCCCUGUUUGAUUGUACAUAUUGAGGUUGAGUCUGCAUAAAAUUUAAGGGUUACAGAAAGGCUUGGCCUCAACCAUGCAUGUUAUAUAGCUUUCUACUUUUUUACUACUUAAGGAAUAACAUAAGUAUAUGAAAUGCCAAUAUUUUUAACAUAAAGCAAUGAUAUGUAUUUUAAGUUUAAUUCUAAGUUUUGAAUGUGGCUUUUUGUAUAAAGCUACCGCUAGAAUUAGCUCUUCAAAGCACCUCUGUGAUUACGCCUCAUCGGCAUUAUAAAUGUAAAAGAGACUUCCCGAGUAAUUGGGACUUUUACAUAUACUCCUGUUUUCAUUGAUCUCUGAAGUAUUUUGACACAUUAUUUGGUAGGAUUUACGUCCCUAGUCAGUAGUUUGGGGGGCAAAAUCACUGAAAAAUCUCUCGAAACUAUGAGUAACAAAAAACAACUUGUUUCAUCGCAACAAUCAUUCAACGAAAAACCAAUGAUUUUGCCCUAAAUAGUCGUUGUUUUUCUAUAUCCAUGGCUAGGUUCUUAUUAUUUCUGUAUAUCUAAGUUUAAAAUAGAAGUGUGUUAUUUGUUUAUCGAUUUUAUCAUCAUUUUAUGUAUAGAUGUACGUUGCCAAUUGCCAUAUGAAUUCAUUGCUACUAUAAAAUAAUAUAGAUACAAUACUUUAUAAAAACUUUUGUUUGCUUCACAACGCCCAUAAACAACUGAUUUUCGAGAUUGGUACAAAAAUUGUGUGUUUUUGGUCCAAUUGCAUUACCAUAAAAUAUUUUACCAGCAAGUGUUAAUGGGUUGUUUAUAUACCGCUUCUUAAUCAGAACUAUCCUUUAAAACUGUUAUCAAAUACUGUAUCUCAAUCUGAAAAGUUUUAAGGGUAGCGCUGAAUAUCAUUACCUGACUUGGACCAACAAUGACCAUUUGGGCCUGUGAUACUAAUAGUCCAAAUCGGUUGCUUCUAAUUUUCUGAGUUGAAAAUAGCUUACCUAUAUUAUUUCAGAUAUAAUAAAUGUCAAUGUUUUAUAUAUAUUCAAUACAUAUAUAUAUUUACUAUAUUACUAUAUUUUUGUGAUGUAUGGAGAGAAAACUGUUUAGGUUUAUUUCAGUUUUCUUAGCUGCGCAUGUGUUGUAAGAUUUUUGUGGGCUUUGUAGCCGUAAACACAGAUCUCGACCUACGUCUUUCACAGUAUAACUUUUUCACUUUUAUAUAGUUGAGUUGAAAUAUAUGUAAACAUGCCGAAAGAUA